UCCACUCAGUUGAAACAGAAGAGCGGCCUGGUUUUGGGCUUGUACGCCGAAGACGAAAGUGGGCAGUCGAUUCUUACUCCUGCAGGGAAGCGUUUCGACCAAUCUGUCGAUGGCCAACUGAGCAAAUUGAUCCAGAGACACGCUUAAAAAUGGAGGGACGAUCUACAACACCGAAUGCUUUGGUGGAAAAGUCGCCAGCGUUGUCUCGCGCUGGCUCGUCCACCUCGUUACGUUCGCGCGCGAGCAAACGACAGCAUGGUGGAUGCUCGUCUUUAAACGGCAGCCAAGGAAAUUUGACGGCCACUGAACUCAUGUGUCCAGUGUGCUUUGAGUUGCUGGAAGAAGCGCACAUUACACGUUGUGGUCACACAUUCUGCUACCGCUGCAUUGCUAAAAGUCUCGAGUCAAGUGGCCGCUGUCCAAAAUGUAGCUUCGUAGUUGGCGGAAUCGACCAAGUGUUCCCCAAUUUUCUGCUCAAUGACCUGGUGGCAAAGCACAAAGUGUCAGUGGCAGCUGCACAGGCCUCUGCAAGCGUUGGUGCGGACGAGACUGCGCUGAAAGAAUUUGUGACCACGGAGUCACACCGGAUGACCCUUCCAGACGUAAACGCCGUCUUGGAGCUGCUGAACCACAGAAAACAGCUGCUCGAAGCAGAAACGUGCGCUGCUCAAAAUAGACUUUUAAAUGAGUUCCUGCGAAAUUUGCUGCAGCAAAAGGAAGAGCAGCUUGUGCGUCUUUCGAAGGAAGUGUCUCUAAUCAAGAAGGAUAUUGGUGAAGUUGAAACAAUACUUCGUGAUGUCGAAGAGCAAGCGGGAAAACUGCCUAGGAUGGAUUCAGAAGAGGAAUCUGACAACCCACAGCUCCCUAAGUUGGAAUGUCCAACGCUCACAGCUAGAAGAAGACGCAUGCAUGCACAUUUUGAUGAUUUUGUUCAAUGCUACUUCACUUCCCGAGCCAAGGAACUGGUCUUCGGCGAUGAUGACACAAACUCCAAUACUAAAGGAUCAGGCCUAGACCUAUUCAGGGAGAAUUUAGUCAAGUUUUCAAGAUACAACGCCCUCAAACCAAUUGCUUCUCUUAACUACUCAACUGGCCUGUACAAUAACUCGACCAUUGUCUCUAGUAUUGAAUUCGAUAAGGAUGACGAGUUGUUUGCCAUUGCUGGUGUAACGAAACGCAUCAAAGUCUUUGACUAUGGCUCUGUAAUCAGAGACGUUGUCGAUCUGCACUACCCUUGUGUUGAGAUGGUCUCCACUUCCAAAAUCAGCUGCGUUUCUUGGAACGCAUAUCACAAAAGCACACUUGCCAGUUCUGACUAUGAGGGCACAGUCACAGUAUGGGAUGCCUGCACUGGACAGAAAACAAAGACCUUCCAAGAACACGAAAAACGCUGCUGGUCAGUGGAUUUCAACCACGUGGACACCAGACUGAUUGCCUCCGGGUCUGAUGAUGCUAAGGUAAAGCUUUGGUCCUUGAACGUGGAGCACUCAAUUUCAUCACUUGAGGCCAAAGCAAACGUAUGUUGCGUCAAAUUCAACCCACGUUCUUCAUGCCACUUGGCAUUUGGCUCUGCAGACCAUUGUGUCCAUUAUUAUGACCUUCGCUCAACAAAGGAGCCACUGGCUUUGUUCAAAGGGCAUCGAAAGGCUGUGUCAUAUGUCAAGUUUUUAUCCAACGAAGAAAUUGUGUCCGCUUCCACGGAUAGUCAGCUCAAGAUGUGGUCUAUCACUAAACCCCACUGCUUGCGUUCCUUCACAGGCCACAUCAAUGAAAAGAAUUUUGUAGGCCUUGCCACAGAUGGAGACUAUGUAGCUUGCGGCUCAGAAAACAAUGCACUUUUUGUUUACUACAAAGGCCUAAGCAAGCAACUGUUCAGCUUCAGAUUUGAUGCCAGUCACGGCAUAUUAGACAAGGAGCGCAAAGAGGAAGACGCGGGAGAGUUUGUUUCUGCCGUCUGCUGGAAAAGGAUGUCAAAUGUUGUUGUGGCAGCCAACAGUCAGGGAAUUAUUAAGAUUCUGGAACUUGUGUAAAAGGUUGCAGGUGUUUUCUUCAUAAUUUCUCAUUGGUGCUUAAACCUGAUUGAGAGUAGUUAACAAUCUGGACCUGAAGAUUGUGGUACCAGGAAAUCAUGUUUUCCCUCCUAAGCAAUAGCCAAUCAAAAAGCGAGUCCGAUUUUCUCCAAAUAUUUUCUUUGGCUAGAAACUAUUUAAAAGAUUUUGAGUUUUGCGGCAAUUUAUUUUAAAUUUUAAGACAGAGAAAGAAACUCCAAACUCAUCAUUUUUUGACGCUUUCAUUAUAAGUAGAUUAACAUGUGUGUUGUGAAUGGCCUAUGUGAGAAGCGGCUCGAGAUGCUGAGAGCUGCUUCAGCCAAAAAAAUAAUCCCACCUCCCCUGCUUGACCUGUUGUAAUUUGAUAAGCUUCCAAUUAUGGAAGUAAUCAUUGAAGUAAACUCAAAUAUUGAAAUUGUUAUGAUAUCCGUUCCAUAUGAUGCUUUAAAAAUUUCAAUUUUUUUUUUUUUAAUUCAAACUUAGUUGCACAGCACUUGUCUUAAUUGCAUCCACUUGGAUCACCUUUGUAAGUAGUUCAUAUAGACAGUUUGAGACCGAUAUGUAGAAUAUAUAGAUGAUGUGAGAAUUUUAUUAAAUUUGCGGAAUACAAAGUUGUUUGAAUAGCAUUGAACAAUUUGAACAUCACAGCACUUAUUAUCAUGUGGUGUCAUGAAGUGUCCGAUUCUGCCACAUGAAAACAAUGAACCAUUAUAUUAAAAGAACCUCUUCGUAGCAACAGAAUUUUUAGAGGCUGUUCUUGUGCAUGCUACAAAUAAUGUCUUAUUGUGCUCUUUGAAUUGCGGGUAUAAAGUCAAGUUCUGUCCAAAUCAAUAAUUUAGGAGUUUUAGGAUUUAAAUUGUGAAAUAUUUCUUGGCUCUGUUAAAUUUUCGGAAAUGGAAACACAAAAUAAGCAAAAUCAUAUGAAGUCAUAUUAUCUAGAUACAUAGCCACCAUAUAUUAGAAUCUUGAUUACAAUGACACAGUUUCACCUUGCUCGCACCACAAUUCUUACAGUUGACCACAAAAAUUAGCUCAAAUGCAAUUUUACAAUUUUCUCUUAGGCCGUAGCUUAGGAAACCCAUGCGCACACAUCAUUGCAAGCUUGGGAGUUAAUUAGUUAAAUAAGCAAUGAUGAAAGGUUGAUUUUACUGUCCAUUAAGACUUAAUUUACUUGUUUUUGUGUUUCAAGAUGAACUUGGAUCAAGUUCUUGCACACUAUUAUAAUUUUAUAACUUUUCAUGAUUGCAGUGAAACGUUUUUGUAAACUAUGUAUAUUUUCAACCGUGGAGUUUAAAUAGAGAAUUAUGUUGAAUGGGAAAACAAAUUCUAAAUCGAGCGGCAUAAUAAAGAUUUAUUUGAUAUGUAUAGAACUGAAACUGAUAUUAUUAAAAAUCUUUAAUGUCAUUCCACGUAUAUCAAUGUGCCAAAAUAAACACGGAGAAGGCAACAUUAAAUGUGAAAUAGCUAUUGAAAAAUGUUUUCUGUGUUAUUUGGUGUAAAUCUCAUUUUAUGAACUGCAAUAAAAUGUUUAAAAGAGA